UGUACAUUUUUUUCUCAAUAACAGUUGGGAAACAUUUGUGAUUUCAUUUGUGCUGUAUAUGCUUAUUUAAGGACCAUUGUUGAUAUUCUAUUGGUCUGUAAAGGGGAAGGACAAUCAUAAACUUGCUUUAUUUAAUUAUUCUCUCAGGGGGGUCAGUGCGCUUAAAGUAGCUUAAAUCUGGAUUGUUGAAUUGCCGAUGAGAAACAAAUGUUUUAUGGAGAUGAGGACAAUCCCGACAAGGUUCCAGCUAUGCGGUGUGGUGGAGUACGCUGUGUCCGUAUGCGGUGCUUUACCAGAAAGAUGACCAGAUCCACAGAUCUCCUGCACAUGGGAACUAGGACACAUCCAAGGCACCUCUGGGUAUCCUUCCUAGUCCUUCUUCUUCAUGCAGCCAUAGCCUCUUCCCUAUCUGCCCCGCCAUCUUUGUCCUCACCGCCAUCAAAUGCACAGCUUAAAACAACAACCACACCACCUACACCAAAUACUACCAUAUCCACUAAAACUACUGCACUUUCUACACCAAAUACAACCACAACAAUUACUUCAACCACAACAACUACACCAACUACAUCCACACCAACCACAACCGUGUCAGCUACAACAACCACAUCUACUACAACAUCUACCACCCAAAGUACUGUAGCAUCAACCAUGUCACAUACUAACACAGCAACUGCACCCUAUCCAACCACAUCAGCUACAACCACGACACCUGCAGCUCCAUCAACCAUACCAUCCACAGCUACAUUAACCACUACUUACAUUCCUUCAUCUAACACUCUAAACACAUCAACAGUCGUGGUGCCCAUGUCGAAUGCAGCAGCACCAAAUGCAUCCACCACCCCACCCCCCACAUCACAUACAACCCCUCACCCAUCACCACUGCACACUGCCUCAUCCAACAUGACUAGUGGACCAAUGGCAUCCACUGUGCCAUCUCCAUCCACUACCUCUACGCUGCACUCAACCUCACCCAUCAUGUUGUCCACCGCUAACAUGACCUCGAAAAAUGACACAUUUCCGGGACACUCCACGCCUUUACCAACAACAGUCACCUCUAACGUCACUACAGAGCCAGCAAAGGUGCAUUGCAACUUCUCACAGCUCUGUGCCAAUCAGUCUGUUUACUACUGGAUGGUCCUUGCUGUGGACGUGACUGGAGACCUGAAGAGUGAAACGGACAUCAGUGACUGGUUGUGGGAUCUAUUUCAUACUCACUUGGACACCUGCGAGCCCUACAAACCUGAACAAUCAAAUGGCACAAACUCGACAGACACACUGCGAACCACCUCAGUCAGUCCAGCAUAUCCCACCCCCUACAACAUGACCACACGGUCAUACAACUUCACCGCAGCAACACCAUCCCAGAACUUCACCACGACAGCACAAACGCUGAACUACAGCUCGACCCCCUCGCACGACUUCAGCAUGACGGCCUUGACAACAAACAUGACAACCAUGCUUUACAAUCACAGUAUUACUACUCCUUCACACAACCAUGGCAUGACUACCACACUCUACAACCAUAGCAUGACUACACCAUCACACAACUACAGCACGACAACUCAUUCUCCCAGCUGUACCAUGUCUGCCACCACUAGUAAAGAGCACGAAGGUGGAAAUAUGACUGCCGCCAGCCUGUUUCAAGACAUUGAAGUGACGUGCGUCAAUAAAACGAGGAUCAGGAGGACUAACUGUACUGUGCUGCUGAAGCUGAGGAAGCCCACAUUUCCCUGCUGUGUACAGCGGGCCAUUUGGUUGGCUGCGGAGAACAGCCCCAUACGAGCCGAUAUUGUGGGAAACAGAGUGGGUAAGGGUCUGUCUCAUUGCGCAGGCCAACUGCCUCCAGUCGGUUCUGCGAAGUGCAAUGGCUCCCUCAAUGGGACCCUCCCUCUCCCAAACACUUGUCAAUUUCCAGGGCCUGUUAAUAUCUCAUGUGGACAUUGCGGGACUGUUUAUGUUCCUCUUGGGAAUCAAACCCAAAUGGACGACGGCAAGCCCCCUAAACCCCCCAUCGAGGCAAAGAUUUUCUGCAACUGCUUCGCUUAUUGCGAUGGUACAGCUGCACGCUACACCUUGGACGUACAGAUCACAGAUUCUGCUCUGCACAUUUCAAACAUCUUCUCUCUGGUUAAACAGCUAAGACAUCCACCACCCUGUCACAACACCUCAGCGACAGGUCCCCCUAGUCCUCUGCUCAUCAUAUCGACUAUCUUUCAGUGUGCUUACGUGAAAUGCUUUAGCACGGAGACAAAUCUCCAAAGCUGCAGGGUUAUCGUGGGCCUUAGACAUUCAGUGCCUAUAUGUGCAGUCAGCACUGCAUUGAAGACUGUGUUCAGUGAUGAGCAUGGCAUUGACUAUGACGGAAAGGUGACACGAGCAGGAAUUUGUAGCUGGACAGGAUCCAGUGGAGAUCUAUUGAAUUCGACCUUCAGCUCGGCGGAGAGCUGCCUCAACCACUCGGAGUUCUGGACGACUGUAGAGGAGAGCCAUGGCAAAUUUGUCUGCAAACAAGGAGAAGUUGUGUGCGUGCUCCCAAAUGAAAUGUGUGACAGAUACCCCACACCUCCUCUCACUUCACCCAGCCCAAUAGCCAGCACUACUUUGCCUGCAACAACAACACGGUCUCCUCCACCCAACACCACUCUACAACGAAACACCACCUCCCUCCCAUUGAACACAUUACCUCCACCCAACAGCACCUCUACAGCGCCAAAUACUACAACCUCCGCUCCAAAUACUACAACCUCCGCUCCAAAUACUACAACAUCAGCUCCAAAUACUACAUCAGCAGCUCCAAAUACUACAACAUCAACUCCUAAUACAACAACAUCAGCUCCUAAUACAACAACAUCAGCUCCUAAUACAACAACAUCAGCUCCUAAUACAACAACAUCAGCUCCUAAUACAACAACAUCAGCUCCUAAUACAACAACAUCAGCUCCAAAUACUACAACAUCAGCUCCUAAUACAACAACAUCAGCUCCAAAUACAACAACAUCAGCUCCUAAUACAACAUCAGCUCCAAAUACUACAACAUCAGCUCCUAAUACAACAACAUCAGCUCCUAAUACAACAAUGUCAGCUACAAAUACUACAACGUCAGCUCCAAAUACUACAACAUCAGCUCCAAAUACUACAACAUCAGCUCCAAAUACUACAACAUCAGCUCCAAAUACUACAACAUCAGCUCCAAAUACUACAACGUCAGCUCCAAAUACUACAACGUCAGCUCCAAAUACUACAACAUCAGCUCCUAAUACAACAACAUCAGCUCCUAAUACAACAACGUCAGCUCCAAAUACUACAACGUCAGCUCCAAAUACUACAACAUCAGCUCCAAAUACUACAACAUCAGCUCCAAAUACUACAACGUCAGCUCCAAAUACUACAACAUCAGCUCCUAAUACAACAACAUCAGCUCCUAAUACAACAACGUCAGCUCCAAAUACUACAACGUCAGCUCCAAAUACUACAACAUCAGCUCCAAAUACUACAACAUCAGCUCCAAAUACUACAACAUCAGCUCCUAGCACCAUUGUCACAACACAAACCAACACAAUGACAACCAUCCACCCCAUUCAUCCAUCGCUAAACACCUCCACAACCAGGACCAUUGCGACAACUCCCCUGGGUAAUACCACUGCAAACUCAUCAACACCCGUCCUUCCACCAGUAAACACCGCAACAGCUUCCCCAAAGACCACCACGACAGCCGUGAUAACAACCACCGCAGCACAAAACACCACAGAAGCCAGUAAUGAAGAGCAGGCCAACCAGUUGCUGGAUCUGACAAGCGACGUGUCCAAGCUCAACUCCUCCCAGGUGGACCAGUUGGUAUCCCAGCUAGAGGCCCUGCUUGCUGGGCCCAAUGUCAGCCUGGCUCUGGGGAAAACCUCUGUCACGAUCGUUAGCAACCUGCUGGGUGUCUCCUCUGACACCCUGGCCUCCUCCUCCACCAAGAUCAUUGGGAUUGUUGAUACUGUGGGCCUGAAGCUGGUUGUUCAGGAAGAGGCUACGAUUUUAACCGAAUCGGUCGCUCUCACCGUCAAAACGGUGGACGGCACUGAUUUCCAGCGAACAUCUUUCUCCAUCCGAGACCCCAACAGUGUGCAGAUCUGUGGAGACAACAGAGCCAGGAGGAGUGUGAGAGCAGAGGCUUCCUCCCUCCCUCAGGGGUCCGUCACGUUCCCCUCUUCCCUCACAGCGAACCUCUCCCCUGAGCAGCAGCUACAGGCCUCCAGACUCCAGUUCAACUUCUACCAGAAGAGCACUGCAUUCCAGGACCGAGCCCUGGGAGACAGCAAGCUGAAUAGUGGAAUCCUGGGGGCCAGUGUGGCCAACCUGUCAAUCAAGUCUCUGCAGGAGGACGUGGUCAUCACCCUGAGAAACACUGAACCUGUCUUAGCAAAUUUCGUGGUGGCAUGUGUUUUCUGGGACUUUGGCAUGAAUGAUGGCUCAGGAGGCUGGAACCGAGAUGGCUGCUCUGUCAGGAACAGCACAGAUAAUGAGACUGUCUGUGUCUGCAACCAUCUCACCUGCUUUGGUGUUCUACUGGACAUGUCCAGAACGGGCAUAACCAGUUGUCUCCAGGCCACAAUCCUCACCUACAUCACCUACAUUGGCUGUGGUAUCUCCGCCAUCUUCCUCUCCAUCACUCUGCUCACCUACCUGGCAUUUGGGAAACUGCGUAAGGACAUCCCAUCUAAGAUCCUGAUCCAGCUGUGUGUGGCUCUGUUGUUUUUGAACCUGGUGUUCCUGGUGGAUGGUUGGCUGGCCCUCUACCCUGACGCUGUGGGCCUCUGCAUCUCCACCGCCUGGUUCCUGCACUACUUCCUGCUGGCUUCCUUCACCUGGAUGGGCCUGGAGGCCGUCCACAUGUACCUGGCCCUCGUCAAGGUCUUCAACACAUACAUACCACGUUACAUGCUCAAGUUCUCGCUCCUUGGCUGGGGAACUCCACUCCUUGUGGUCAUUGUCGUCAUUGCUGUUGACGAGGACAACUACGGACUAGUUGGCUACGGGAAGUACGUAGAUGGCUCCCGCACAGAUGACUUCUGCUGGCUGAAGAACGGCAUUGCCUUCUACGUAACCGUUGUGGCUUAUUUCUGUGUCAUCUUCCUGAUGAAUCUCGUCAUGUUUGCGGUAGUGAUGGUUCAGCUGUGUCGGAUAAAGAGGCAGAACCCCGACAACAAGAGGCACCGUAACGGGCUGCAGGACCUGCGCAGUGUGGUUGGAGUCACAGUACUCCUGGGUCUCACCUGGGGCUUUGCCUUCUUCGCCUGGGGGCCCGUCAACCUGCCCUUCAUGUACCUCUUUUGCAUCUUCAACUCCUUUCAAGGGUUCUUCAUCUUUGUGUUCCACUGCGCAGUGAAGGAGAACGUGAGGAGGCAGUGGAGGACUUAUCUCUGCUGUGGUAGACUGAGACUGGCGGAAAACUCAGAGUGGAGCCGCACCGCAACACAGAAGACAGGGAAGAAGUCAUUGCCAGUGACCAGAGCCACGUCCCUCCACUCCGACAACUCCUCCCAGUUCAACAAUUCCUCCAUCUUCUCCUUCUUGUCCAAUGACUCCUCAGAGCAACCCAGUGGAGGAAUAGGUAGUCCAUUUAAUGACAGAUCCAUCACUGCCCUGGAAGAGCCCAACUCAGACGUGGUCCUCAACGAGAUAAACAGCCAGUUUAGGAGUCCGAGUUCGAGAGCACCCUGACACCUGUGAAAAACUAGGGGCUCUAUUCAAUCUGUAUCACUGAAGAUCACUUUACAGAUUGCGCAAUAGAAAUAUCAAGGUCAUUUCCGAUUGCGCCGCCAUAUGCAGCGUUUACCGUGAAUGCCGUCUUGGUUAACGCGGGAACGUUGCCUUUAAAUUUCAAUCACGCUGUAACGCUAAACUUCUGCGAUACGGAUUGAAUAGAGGCCUCCGGGUAGGCUGGUGGGGAAGGGACACGGUGUGUUUCAUAAUAGUUUUGAAGAAUAUAUGAAAUAGUUGCAUGUUAGUGUUACAUUUUGUAGUUUAAAGGAAAGGUGUGACAGAUCACCCUGAAGAGAUGGGACAUCACCAAAGAGCUUGCAUGCUCAUGUAUUCCAUCUGGUUGACCUGGCAAUACUAUCAUGAACUCGCCUGGGCUGGCACCCAUGAUUGUGAAUAAGGCAUGUACUGAAAGGGUAUCUAGCACAGAGAAAAACCCCACUCAUAGAUCCUCAUGAGGUGCAUCCUUUGACCGCAUUCUACAUACUUAAUUUUUUUCUCUGCAUUCUUCAGACCCGUAAGUUAGAUGAAGGUUCAAUUUAAAAAAUUGACAAAAAUAAGUUAAUACCAACACUGUGUCACUAUCUGUUUUCAUCUUUAAGAUUUAGCUCUUUUAUACUCUAUUCAGAAUCAAGAUAGUUUCAUGAGAUGUACAGUACCAGUCAAAGUUUGGACACACCUACUCAUUCCAGGGUUUUUCUUUAUUUUUACCAAU